CAUGGGAUUUACCGGAUGGACACGCGACACUACUACUACCACUGGAAUCGUUUCAUUUUUGUGAAAAUGUAUUGGUUGUUUAAAUUUGUUGUUGGUCUGUUGGCCUUAACUGCAAUAGGAUCAGUGUCAGCCGAUGAUACGCAAAAAUGUGUGCCUCCUGGACCUGGGUUGACGCUAAACGAUUUCCUUUCCGGAAAAUUUUAUCUGUUUGAACGGCAACAGGCAUUCAGCAUUAAACUCCUUCAAACCGCGGUGGCCGCUUCACCCAAGCAAAAUUUGAUAUUUUCACCGCAUAGCAUUUAUACUGCUCUUUUGAUCACUUAUUUCUUAAGUGGCAACCAAACUGAAGAAAUACUAAAGAAAUUUUUAAAUCUACCGCCGGAACAGAGCAAACUGAGCGUGAUGCAAGCGUACAGAAUGGAAAAACUAUUUCAGUCGAUGAGAGCUCUGAACGCCAGCACCGAUUACGAGUUCAGUUCGGUAGACCGUCUUUUUAUAUCCAAACGACUGCCGGUACAAAAAUGCAUAGCCGAUGUGUUUAAGGAUGAAGUGCACAAAAUGGAUUUUGUCAUCGAUCCCGAACUUGCUCGUAUGUACAUAAAUAACUGGGUGGCCAACCAGACCAACGAUCACAUUAAAGAUCUAUUACCUUCGUCGAAAAUUUCGUAUAACACGAGACUUGUGCUGGCGAACGCCGCAUACUUCAAAGGCUUGUGGAGCUCCAAGUUCUCUUCUGAAAGUACAAAAGAAGAAGUGUUUUAUACGUCGCCCACCGAAAACGCAUUAGUUCCGAUGAUGUGGCAAUCCGGUAGUUUCAACCUACUAAGCUCCGAGGAAUUGGGAGCGCACGUAUUGGAACUGCCGUACAAAGGUGGCGACAUCAGUUUGUUCGUGAUCCUGCCACCGUUCAACAAGCAGCGAGGCAUCAUCAUGCUGACCAAGAGACUCAACACGAACAUUCUACAGGACAUUGUGGCGUCCAAUGAAUGGAGGUCGCGCACAGUUGAAGUGUCUCUUCCCAAAUUCAACAUCGAACAGAGCAUGGACAACCUUGUGCCAAUACUCGAGCAAAUGGGAAUCGGAAACUUGUUCAAAGGCGCGGCCGACCUAUCGGCGUUGACGGGCAGCUCGCGCGACGUGUCCGUGGACGACGCGGUUCACAAGGCAAAAAUCUCCGUAGACGAGGAGGGUACGAUUGCCGCGGCCGCCACGUCGUUCAUCACGUCCAGGUCAUCCCGGCCGAUUGAGCCAUACAAGUUCCGGUGCAACCAUCCGUUCGUGUACUUCUUGUUCGACAAAGUGACAGGAUCGGUGCUGUUCAUGGGGGUCUACAACUCGCCCAAGUCCAACUAGACGUCGUCACGUGACUCAUCUGCGACCGCUUAUCCAGCGCUUUGUUCAUUACUUACGAUACGUUAUCAUUACCGGCUUGGGCCUGGAUUAGGUUUUAAGAUUGUAAAUAUUCGUGUUAAGUAUAUGGUACACUAUUAUUUUUACCUUUAACGCGUGACGCGUAUGUUCGCGUCGUUGUACAUCUUACAGGCAAUGUCCGCACGGCGGUUGGUCAAAUAUUUUUUAUCGUUCGACAAGAUUUGGUCAACUUUAUGAUGUUGCGCUUUGGGUGUCACACGCGACUUGAUAUUAAACUAAAAACGGUUCGUGUUGCAUAGUUAUAUAGCGCUCGAUAGUGUUCUUGGUUGUACUUGUGACGCGUAAUUGGUACAACGAAUUGUACGUUAUUCGUUAAAAUUUGCGGCUUAAGUAUACAUUCUUAAGCCAUGGCCAUAGAAACUUUUGACGUUUACCAACAAUAAUCUUAAAAUUAGGCAGUCUCCGGACAUCGUUCGUGGAAAAUGAACAUUAUAACAUGUACAAAAGUCGAAUACAAAAAAAAAAAUCUCCGGAAAUUUCCUACCCACUCGAUUUGUUUUCCCCUCAUCUUGGAUUUCGAAUCGUCAAAACUUAGUGCUGUACAUAUAAAUAUAGAUUUACUGACUUUGAGUAAACCAUUUUCGAUUGAAAAUAAUUUAUUUCUCCUUUGAUAAGACUAAAAUUUCAAUGGCUCCCGCGAUGAUGUAAGAUUCGCAUAAAAAAAAAAAUUAAAAUUUGGUCUUAGAGAUAUAUUUUUAGGUUACCGGUAUCAUCGAUGAUUCUCAUACGUGUUUUGUUAUCACAUUCAUUUAUUCUAGAAGUCUUCGACUGAAUGUUUUUCAAUUUAAUAUUAAUAUAUUUUACGAUCAAUGAAGUUUAGAAUAUAUUAUGGAGUACUUUAUUCCAAUUUUCAAUUGUAUUCCAUCCCUUACAACAUCACCGAAUUUUGAUUUAUUAAUCAACACAGUUGUGUUUCGAGAAUUAUAUCAAUCAAUUAACGAUUGCAAUACUGCCAGUAUUUGAGUUAUAGUGAUCGAUAAAAAUAAUAUAAAUCCAACACAGCCACAAAUCAAAGUAUUUGAUAGUUAUCUUAUAUUUUUUCUCAGUAAAAAAAUCUAAUUUAAACAACCAUAAAUUAUCAUUUUCAAAAGACGAUAAA